AUGGUUUUACUUGUUUCAGUGCUCUUUGGCAUACAGGCGCUUUGCUCCUGGGCUGCCUCUCCUCCUGCCAGAGAAGCACUGACUGCAUUGCUUUCUACCUGUGAUGACACUGCAGUAGAAGAGGCUGCAGAUAUGGCUCUUCACCAGAUCAAUGCGGCCGAAGAGGGCUACAUACUCAGUCUCUACCAAAUUUUCAGUGUCCGAGAACAUCCUCAGGAGAUCACUGGUUCUAUCUUCUAUCUCAUCUUGAAGGUAGUAGAUACCAAAUGCCACGUACUCAGCAAGAAGUUGGGAAAGAACUGUACAUCCAGAUCUGCUCAUACAACUGUUUACAGUCAAUGCAAAGCAAUUAUCUACAUUAAUCAGGCAAGAACUAUUGCUCAUCUGAAUACUUACGAGUGCAUUUUACAACCAGUUCCACCCAGAUAUAUGGACUGCCCAGCUGAUGACUGUCCAACUGAGCCCAAAUAUUUGGAGGCUGCUGUUCAAAGCCUUGCCAAGUUCAAUGAAGAGAGUGAACAAACUCAUUAUUUCUCUGUUCUCAAUGUCACAAGAGCUUCAAUGCAGUGGGUCAUUGGUCCUGCAUAUUUUGUAGAGUUUUUAAUCCAGGAGACAUUCUGCUCCAAAAAUGACACAAUUGCUGACAUCUCCAAGUGCAAGUUACUUCCAUUAGAACUAGCUCAAAUAGGUUUCUGCAAGGGCUCUGUAGUAAACAGUCAAUUGGAACAUAAACGGCUUGUCACAAUAUCCUGUGAAAUCUACAGUCUGCAGGAUCCUGCCACUGAAGAGGGGAAACAUCAAGCUAAUCAGACACCUGGAAAAUCCAGCCAGAAUCAUCAACAAGCUUUACCUUCAGAAACCAAUCCUUUCUCCCCAUACCUAGAAAAAACAGUGGACUUGGUUAAAAUUAUACCCCCUUUAACUGAGGACAUCUCUUUCCAAAACCUAUCGGAAGGUCAAAAUGAACACAAAGAUGGAAAGCCAGUUCCACCUGAGGCUGUAGGAUCUAUGCCCAGUCUUGAUGGUGUAAAGACUCAGGUUGACAAAGCAGACUUGAUCAAACCAGUCACCAGACCAAUUACUCUCCCUUUUCCUGAAGAACUUUCUCUAUCAGACUCAUGCCCAAGAGAAGCAAAGGUGAUAAAUUCCAUCCUCCAGACUUUGUUGCCAAAGAGUAGCCAGCGUCCAAUCAUCUCAACUACCUGCAACAAAAUAACCGCCACAAUGGCAACCUGGUCUUUCAAUUUGUGUAACAUCUUUAAAUAA